CCGCCAUUCCAGGCUAACAUACGAGACCAAUGACAMAGCAAGAAGUGUUUAUGAAAAUCCUAUCUUUAAUAUUCCUUAAUUCAUGCAAUCGUAAACAUUAGUUCUUCUUCGGCACCUAUUCAUCAAAUAACUGAUAGAUAUCCUUCCUUGAAAUAAGCAAAAUGAGUCGACAGCGCAGCAAACGAAGACGUGAAGACACGAGCGAGGAACCGACGGAGGAAGAAGAAAGCGCCGAKACGUCGCAAGAAAGACGCUCAAAAAAGGCUCCAAGUACCACGAAAAAAAGUAGAAGAUCGAGUUCUGUAGAUCGGAGUGAUGAAGAAAUGGAUGACGAAAAAAUGGAUUCUGAUGAUCAUGACUGUAGUCAGCCUGAACUUGCUACGAAGUCUGAAGCAGAAGUUGGUAUUAUAGAGAAGAUAACUUUGAUCAAUUUCAUGUGCCAUACCAUGCUAGAAGUACCUUUUGGUUCAAAUGUUAAUUUUGUCAUUGGACGUAAUGGAAGUGGUAAAAGUGCCAUUAUGACAGGAAUUGUGGUUGGUUUGGGUGGGAAAGCCAAUACUACAAAUAGAGGAAGUUCUUUAAAAGGUUUUAUCAAAGACAAAUGCAGUUACUGUCAAAUCAUCAUCAAGUUAAGAAACAGAGGAAAAGAUGCUUACUGUCCAGAGAUAUAUGGUAACUCUAUAAUAAUUGAGAGACGCAUCACUAGUGAUGGCAGUUCUUCAUAUAAAAUCAAAACACAUGAUGGAAAAACAAUUUCAUCAAAGAAAGAAGAGCUUAUUCAUAUUCUUGAUCAGUUUGGAAUUCAAGUUGACAACCCUGUCUCUGUACUCAACCAAGACACAAGUAGAAACUUCUUAAAUUCCUCUGAACCAAAAGAUAAGUACAAGGUAUCAAAAACAUAUAUUAAAACAAAACAAAAUAUAUACCUUUCCAAAGCAGGGUUCAAAAUCAUUUUUCAGAAAAUGCUAAAAUUUGCAGGCUUUGGGUGUGGCUAA